UCGGCUGGUGGGCGUGGCUCUGCCGGUCGCCGGGGCAGGAAGGGAGGCGGCCGUAGUGCCAUUCUUAAAGGGGACCCGUGCGAAGGCGAGAGGCUGCUGACGGCCGGAAGGAAAAUGAGUGAGUCUUUGGUGGUCUGUGAUGUUGCUGAAGAUUUAGUGGAAAAGCUGAGAAAGUUUCGUUUUCGCAGAGAAACGAACAAUGCUGCCAUUAUAAUGAAGAUUGAUAAGGAUAAAAGCCUGGUGGUACUGGAUGAAGAGCUUGAGGGCAUUUCACCAGAUGAACUUAAAGAUGAACUACCUGAACGACAACCUCGCUUCAUUGUGUAUAGUUAUAAAUAUCAACAUGAUGAUGGAAGAGUUUCAUAUCCUCUGUGCUUUAUUUUCUCUAGUCCUGUAGGAUGUAAGCCUGAACAACAGAUGAUGUAUGCUGGGAGUAAGAAUAAGCUAGUCCAAACAGCUGAGCUAACCAAGGUAUUUGAAAUAAGAAAUACUGAAGACCUAACCGAAGAAUGGUUACGUGAGAAACUUGGAUUUUUCACUAAUGUGAACUUCUGUGUUUCUAAAGUAUUUAUGUAUUAACCUGACCAUACUGGAACCAGACAUAAAUACUUAUUUAUGCCUAAAAAUGCACUGUUACUUACAGUUUGUUUCCUGCAGUAAAGAAAAAAUUCUUCUUUUGUUCAAAGUUUGAACAAAGAGGAAAUCAUCUUCAUAGUAAUGAAACUUUGUAAAGUGUUUCCUUAUAUUUGUAAUUGUUAGGUGGACUACUUCUCUCCAGGGACUUUUUGCACUCUUGUGACUAAUUUCUAUAACUUCUGGUUCAGAAUUUGUUACUAUUUGCAGACACCAUUGGAAAGUGGGUAUAGAUUGUGUUGGAUAACAGUUGCCUCCUUUUGACAAAUACUGGAUAUUAAUUUAUAUAAAAUUAGCAUAUUAUCAUUUGUCAAAUACUUUAAAUUAAUUUGGGGUAAAAUACUUCCAUGUGUGUCCCAGUUUUGAGCCAUGAAUGAAAACUGAGUAAUCUGCAUUACAAGUACCUUUUUAUCAAUUAUACACCUCUUUUGACUUCCUGUAUCUUUUUAAUCAAGUCCAGAAAUUUUUUUCUUAGAUUACUCAUUGUUAAGGCAUGGGAAUUAUAUUUCAUAAUAAAGUUUUAACUCUUACGUUUUCUUCUUAUGGAGAAUAGUAUUAGUCUUAGACACGAAGGGUUGUAAGAAUUAAGGAUUUUAUUCGUAGAUCUGUCAUUCUAGCUAAUUUUGAAUAUAGGUUAUUAAUACUUUAUUUAGAAAACACUUAAUGUCAUGUGAACAGUAGUUAUUUUAAAUAUGUUAAUACCGUGCCUUUGAUUUGUUAGCUUUAAUGUUAAUUUAAGACUUUUACACUGCCAGUAUUCCAGAUUUGGUGAAAUUAAUACUUUUAUAAAGGGUCCAAAUAAAACAAUUUUCUAAUAUGUGUAUCUGAAAUUUGUAAUAAAAUCAGCUUUCUAUUUUAAAAAUUCCAAAUAUCUUGCACUGAUGAAUUUCUGGAAGUUGAGAGAUACAAUUUUGAAUAUAUUUGUGAUGAAACCUUGGCCAUAGUUAAUAAAAAUACAUCAGUAGAAAUUGCAUUUGAUAUCUUAAACAUAAAGAUAUUCUUAACUGGACACUUGUUAAAGUGUUAGCAUUUUUCGCAUAAAUCAAGGACUGGUAUAUACAUCCUGUGUUUAAAGUACAUACAUAUGUUCAUUUGUCAAAAUGUCUAAGACUCUAAAGAAAACUAAAUUUUGGAGAGUGGCUUUUGUUUUAUUUUGGCUUUUGUUUAUGGACCACACCUGGCAAUGCUCUGAACUCAGGAAUCACUCCUGGCAGUGCUUGGGGGACCAUAUGAGGUGCUAGGGAUUGAACCUGAGUUGGUUAUUUGCAAGGCAAAUGCCUUACCUGCUGUACGAUCUCUUCAGCCAAAAGGAGAGUGUUUUCUUACAUUGCCUCUCAAUAAUUUCAACACAAGCAUAGGAUUUUUCUUAAUGUUGACAUAUUUUAAGUCGUGUUCUUUGCAUUUUUGAAGGUUUCUUAUGCCAACUUUAGUAAGGGGGUAAAGAUAGUUGGAAUUUUUAUUAAAUUGAAUAGAGCCAUUACUGUUCCCCAGCACUGUUUGGCUACACAAAUUCAAAAUAGGAAGUAAUAGGAAGUUAGUUGGAGAUGAGGAAGUGCUUGUGUGGGUGUUUGUUUUGGUUAGGGGAUGGGAAGGAUUCUUUAUUCCAGUUUCCAGAGAGUGAGAGAGAACUUCACCCAGGAAGUUUAAGCAUUCUUUAUACAACUAUUUUGAUAAGGAUAAUAAUGCUUACAAUUCUGCCAAAAAACAGAUGUAACCCAAGUAACUGGAGAGUGUUUCUAAUGUUUUUGAACGAAGAAAUUGGGAUUUUGUUUCACCUGGUUUGCAGCAAUAAGAGAAAAUAGCCAGUGCUACAAGAAUGUAUUUUUUAAUGAGGUUCCUUGUUUUGUCUUGCAUGUAUAAGUAUUUUCUUUUAAAUGUGUAAGUCUUCCAUCUUGACAUACACCAAACUCUUAGCCCCCCUGUUCUUUAACAGAGGGAAGAAGAGCUGUGAAAAGCCAAGCUGUUUUGAGCUUGUCUGACUCUUCUACUGGUUUUGCAAGACAAUAGAUUGAGGCUAAGGGAUUUGUCAAACAUUUUUCACUCCCUCUAUUUUAGGGGAAGUUUUACAGAUCCCUACUCUAGAGUGUUCUCAGGAUUUUAUAGAAAUUUUCCAACCAACUUUUGCAUUGUUAUUUUCAAAUAUAUUUCCUCUUCAGUCUUUUCUUGCCUUCUCAAAUAGUAACUCCGGAUUUUACAAUUCCAAAUUUUACAUUCCGUAUCUUUCUGGUACAGCCAUUCCCGUUUCAUCUUAAAUUAAUCUUUCCUUUUUGGCUGCAGCUAUUGUCCUGGGAACCUCUUUUAUACUUUUAGGUCACCAUUAGUUUUGUAGUUGUUGGCCUUGCAUAAGUUUGGCCUAGCAUCUAAUAUGGUCAAAAUAGAACCAACAGAUAAUCACAGUAUGUUUUUAGUAUGUUUGUUUUGUGGCAGUAUAAAUGACAUGAAGAAAACUGUUCUCAGGUUACUACGCUGAAAUUCCAAAAUGUCAGAGUUUUGAAUAAUACUUUGUUUUAAUAUUGAAACAGGUAUGUUAGGAAGAAAGCUGGUUGACUGUUAUUGUUUGACAUUCAAAAUAAAUGUUCAAACUGUCUAUUUCUAAAAAAGUUUACUAAAUGCCCAGUGGAGUUAAAUAUAUACUUGUUUAAGCUGAUGUAGUUAAAAAAAAAUUUUUUUUGCCAUUACUCAAUAAUGUUUGUUGCAAAAUGUCUCUCAUCACUUUUCUCUCCCUUUUUGUCUCCUAUUUUUAGGAGUCAAAUGUAGCCAUAAACUGUAUCUUUGUCUGCUACUUUAACUAAAAAAAAAAAUUCAAUUGGAGGAGUUCAUUGCCAAAUUAAAUUUGGCUGCCUUUAUUCCCCAUCCUUAUAGGCAGUGAAGAAGGUGUACUUAAAAUAACAUUUGGACUGCUUUUAAAGCCCAAGCAAUGUCAUUAAUCUUAAUAUGAACUGGUGAUGAUAAAUAGAUAUUUUCAUGAGUUUAAUUGCUGGAUACUUGGUGGAAGUAGAGUAACUCAUUCUGUCAAUUCAAAUAUUCUUGGUACAAUUGCUUUCCUUGUUUUAUAAACUGAUAGUACUGGAAUCUACAGAAUAUGAGCCUUUGCAACAUAUGUGAAGAAGUGUCUCAAACAUUUCUGGACAAGUCUGACUUUGUAUUUCUGGAAGAAUGUAAAUCUAGGCUACUUAACAUCAGUGGUCCCAAGUGGAAUAUUCUUGAGAAAUUUGUUUCCUAUUAUGUCAUUUGACAUUUCAAUACAGUGAUUGAUUAUGUUUCUGUAAUAUUUAAAACAACCACAAGGUUGUCAUAGAAACUGUUUUCCUUUUUUUUUAAUGUAGUUUGUACACAUAUAAUUACUUGAAUAUCAUUUGAGAUCACCAACAGACUAGGGAAGUUCCCACUGGUUUAGAUGGUCCAAUGUUAACUCAUUCAGGAGGCUUGAAACAUUAAUGGUUUAGUCUUGUGAAUAUUAACAAUUCCCUGUCAUCGUUUAACAAAGUCAGCAGCUGGCACAACUUCUUAAGCUGUGGUUUCAGUCUCUGCUAGUUCAUAUUGCAUGUUUAUUUUGGACAGUCUUCUGUUAAGCAUGGUGCUUGUACUGGUUUAAAUAAAAUGUUAACAUGAAAG